AUGCUUAGCUUCAUCGAUAAGGACGAGAUCAAGAAACUUCUGCAUCAUGCCAUAAGUCGAGCUCUCAAGAGCACUGAAGACUCAAGAGUGGGUGAAGCUAGUGUGCUCACCAAUCAAGACGGUUCUGAACCCCCAUUGCCAGAAAUCCCGCAAGUCCAACUGGUGCCGAGAAGCGAUGGGAGCGGCAAAAGCACCGGCGUGGUGUUCAUCAUUCCCCCAGAAAUGGCUCCCGUAGUUACCGUCUACACCCCGUCGAUUUAUCAUAGCUCGCUGGACGUAAGCGAUGUACUCCUCGGAGGCAUUGAACAGCAGACUACCGCGUCCGCAUGA